GCACAGUCCCACCCAUCCAUACACACAGAGGAAGCUUCUACUCCGCUGGGAUCACGAAGACUGCCAGUAGCAUCGACGUCGGUUAUCUUGACCAUGUCUGAUCAGUUGGGUAUUGAUGACUUUGCCGAAGUGCAAGAGGCUCUGUGGGAGGCGAGAUCAAAAUGGCACAACACUGGGACCCGACUCAAACUGGGGGUUUUUGAUCUCGAUUGCAUCAAUUCUGAGCCAGGGUUUGGUCUGGAUGACAAGUUCAACCUCAUGAUCAAGACCAGGUUGAAGAGGAUGGAGCCAUGCACCUGGAGAGAUCUGUACGAUGCUCUUAAUCAUCCUACUGUUGAUAUGCCCAGUGUUGCCAACAAACUCGCAGUGAAGUUACCAAUUGUUGUGGCACUACCUGCAGAGCAAAGGGAAGCAGGUGUGGCUAAAACCUCAUCUAUUAGUGGAGGAGUCCAAGGUUCAACACAACAUAGUACACACAGCAUAGUAACUGGGAAUGUAUUGUUGGGGAUGUGGCAUAAUUAGAGUGUGCGGGUGAAUCUACACACAAGAAUUUGGGAUUUCCCCCUUGUAGCCAGGCUAAAGUAUUGGGACUUGUGGCUCCUUAUGAAGACAGUCAAUGAGUGAUCCCCAUUGGCCAGUGUGCAAUAUGGUUGAGUGUAUAAUUAAUAUUACACCUACAAAUAAUGAAUGGAUACAGCAAGACUGCGUAUAGGUUUACCCCAUAAUUUUGACAUUCCGUAAGUGAUAGAUGG